UAACCACAGUUCAAGGUUGGUAACUGUCUUGGAGAACCGUCAGAUUUGACAAACCUGUCAAAAUUAAUUUGUUUAUUUCAAUUUGGGUAAAUCAGAAAUGGAAGAAGCUGAAAUUUAUAUAGAACAACUUAAUAGUAUUGAAAAUGCUCUAAAAACAUCAACAAACGAAGCUGAAAGAGAAGAGUUAUUAGGUUUAAAAAACAAUAUACAAGAGCUUUUAUCUUUAACUGGUUAUAAUGGCAAUGAAAUAAGCUCAAAAGCUCCAAGAAACCAAACAUUGGAUGAAGAAUAUGCCAUUUUUAUGUCUGAAAUGACAAAAGAUGGUGCAGUGGAAUGUAGUAGUAAUAAUCCAAGGAAAAAAUAUGACUUAAGUAAAAUAGAAGGUAUGAAAUGCCAAGCACCCCACACGCAUCAAUGGGGAAAUACAGCUUACCAUAAUGCUAUGGUAUGCAGUGUUAUUUCUGAAGAUGUAAGUGAUGAGGACAAAAUAAAAGUAAGAGUUUUAUUUAUGAAUCCAACUCACAAGGAAAUGGUUCCUUGCCCAUAUUAUUUUAAAAAUGAAUGUAAAUUUUCUGAAGAAGAUUGCCACUUUUCCCAUGGAGAAUCAGUAUUUCUCUCUAGUUUGCAAGAGUACAAAGAGCCUAAUUUCGAAAAUGUUACUGUAGGUAAUACAGUUUUAGCAAAGCAGAAAAAUUUAUGGCACAGGGCAAGGGUAAAAACCGUUUUUGAUGGAAAAUGUUUAAUCAAAUUUGAAUCAAACCAAAAAGUUGUCGAGUUGGCAUUUGAUCAAAUACUUCCUUUAACUGAAAAGAACUCCAAUGAAAGUGACUCAAAUUCAAGUGAUGAAGAUUUUGAUGAAAAUGAAAGGGAUGAUAUUAUAAACAUGAGCUUAAUGCUAACACCUGGGUCACAGGCUCUGGGAGACUGGGAAAAAUUUACCAAAGGAAUUGGGUCAAAAUUAAUGCAACAAAUGGGUUACAUAGUUGGAUCUGGAUUGGGGAGAAGAUGUGAUGGUAGAGUGGAGCCAGUUACUGCAGUAAUAUUACCGCCAGGUAAAUCACUAGAUCAUUGUAUGAAACUUCGGGAAAAUGCAGGUGGCGAUGAAAACUUAUUUAGCGCGGAAAGAAAGUUAAAAAGAAUGCAAAGGAAACAAGAAGAGAUCAGUAAAAGAAUGUAUGAAAAAGAGAAAAACAAAGUGGAUGUUUUCAACCUGAUAAACCAAACUCUGUCAAGUUCCUCAUCAAAAACACAAACAAAAAGUGAACAUAGACAAGAAAUUAAGAAAGAAACGUCGAGGAAUUUAAAUGUUGCUAGCUUGCAGAUUGAUGAAAAUAUCAGAAAAGUUGAGCAGGAUUUGUAUAAAAUAAGAGAAUCUCUAAGUAGACACAAAGAAGAGAAGUCUGUAGUUCAUAAGCAGUUACAGGAAAAGUUGUUUGGCAAACAAAAUGACCUGAAAACGUUAAAAACUCAGGCACUUAAUAUAAAAAAUGAACAGAGCAAUAGAAAUGAUAAGAAAAAAUUAACAAUAUUUUAAACGUUUUUUAUUUAAUUAAAACUACCUCACAAUAAUGUUGAAUAGUUUGUAUUUUGUACUAGGUCGAAAAUAUAAAUAUAAAUAA